AUGGGAGCAGUUGGCUCGCAGGAGGACAGCCAAAGGAAGUCGGUGCCCCUCCAAGCCUUGGCUGUCCAGAAGAUGGGCGCCAAAGUUAUCCAAGGAAUUGCGACCCGCCAUGCCCAGCAGUAUCAGAAGAUCCUGUCAUCAUUUCACACGGGCAUGAAACUGAUUUUUGGACCUCCCGCCGAAUUCUCCCCCCACCACCCGCCAUUGAACCCGCCGUCGGGGGCACAGGGCUCAGAGACUUUACCACAUAAUGGGUGUGAGGGGCCCUUUGAUUACUUUGACAAGCUAAUGAAUUACUUAUUGUCCACAGUCUAUCAAGAAAUGGCACUAGGAUAUGGGAAGCAGCAGAGACCAGCGAAACAGUCACUGAGUACCUCAGUUUGCCGGGAGUCGCACUGGAAGUGCCUGAUCCUCUCUCUUCUGAUGUAUGGAUGCCUGGGGGCUGUGGCCUGGUGCCAGUUAACCCGAGUCACCAAACUCAGCUUUGACAGCUCCCUAAAGGGCAAGUCCAUGAUCUACCAUGAUAGUCCCUGCUCCAACGGGUACGUUUACAUCCCGCUGGCCUUCCUGGCGAUGCUCUACAUGGUCUACCUGGUGGAAUGCUGGCACUGCCAUGCUCGGAGUGAGCUCCAGUACAAAGCAGACAUCGACAGCGUCUACGAGCGCAUAGGCCGCAUGCAGCAGGCCACGCCCUGCAUCUGGUGGAAGGCCAUCAGUUACCACUUUGUGCGGCGCACGCGCCAGGUGACCCGCUACCGCAACGGCGAUGCCUACACCACCACGCAGGUGUACCAUGAGCGGGUCAACACGCACGUGGCCGAGGCAGAGUUUGAGUAUGUCCGGUGCGGCGUGCGGGAUGUGUCGAAGGAGCUGCUGGGUCUGGAGUGCUACCCGGCCACCAGGCUGCGUUUCACCAAGUGUUUCAGUUUUGCCAACACCGAGUCGGAGAACUGUUACUUGAACCAGCGGGCACACUUUUUCAGCGAGAUCGAGGGCCUGGAUGACUAUAUGGAGGCCCGGGAAGGGAUGCAGCUCAAGAAUGUGGACUUCAAGGAUUACAUGAUGGUCUAUGUCAACCCUGACCGCCUCCCAUGGUACAUCUCGCACUACGCCUUCUGGGUGGCAGGCCUGCUCAUGCUAUCUUGGCCUCUCAGGGUCCUAGUGGAAUAUCGGACUGCCAACGUCCACUAUCACGUGGAGAAACUCUUUGGGCUGGAGUACGUGGGGGUGACCCCAACUGAGGAGACUGGCCAGUGCUCCCCAGUGGCCCGAGUCGGCACCGUGGACAGCACUGAGCUCGAGUGGCACAUCCGCACCAACCGGCAGCUCAUCCCCAGCUACUCGGAGGCCGUAUUGAUGGACCUAGCCUCCUUGUCCAUCUGCAAUGGCUACUCAGCUUGCGGCAUUGUCCGCACGGACUGCGACGGGAGGUCCAGCAGCUCCUCCAUCUUCUCCCGCAAUGUGUGCCGCAGCCACUCGCGCUUCUCCCUCGACACCAGCCGCUUCUCGCUCUGCCGCAUGCAUGGCUCCCGCCGGACCGGCCUGUGGCACAGCCGCAGCAGCAACAUCAAUGAGCGCUGCCGUGACGAUCAGUGCCGCUCCUACUCCAGCCAGCUGGCGGUCAGCGAGAACCCACCCAACUACCACGACGCCCGCUUUUUCCCGGUGCUGAUUGUCCACCGGCCCUGUCAGGGCCGUGAAGGGGAGGGGCGCAGGUAUUACAUCCGAAGAAACUCCUGCCUUGAAACAUCUUUGUGA